AUGGACGUUCUAGGUGAACUUCCGGAGGGCACAAAGAUGUCUAUCUUCGCUGACGAUCAACUUAUUGUCAUCACAGGAAGAAACCAUGAAGAAUUGGUUCUCAAAGCAAAUAUGGCACUGGAUGUUAUCGUGGGGAUGGUCUCGAAGCUUGGAAUGUCAUUAGUUGCGCGGAAAACUGUAUGCUGUCUCUUUGGUGCGGUAUGCUCUGAAACCAUCCUUGAAGCAGUGGACAACCUCAGAGACCCUCACACCAUUGAUAGGCUACUGCUAAUUGAAGUGGACAGCAGAUCCAUCUACUUUGUCAAUGAACUCAUGGAAAAAACAGGAACUUGGUUGACCCUCCAAGCCUCUUUCAAAAUUAUCCCAAGCUCGAUUGGUAAACUCCUUGAGCCUGAGCGAUGGAACAAUUACCAUGAUGAAAUUGAAGAGCUUGGGAAAGGAAUCCUGAAUCUCUUUGGAGAAGAGCACUGGAAACAAUUCAGAAAAAUGCUUAGCGAGACGCCUAAGAAUGACGAUCCUUGGUCCUGGAUUCUGCCAAAGGAAUGCUCUCUCCUUCCCACUGCGCUCUGGCUAGUUAAACAUAUUCAAGCGAAAAACGCUCUGGACGACCUUCAUGGCAAUGAAACCUGGUUUCCGCUCAACAUUGGAGCAAGUGAAAAUCUAUGUAUCUACGAACCAGCACCUAGCCCGUCUCUCGCUCCUGAAAUUCAGUUGAAACUUGGAUCCGAGCUGAUAAUCCAACUGAAUGCUCUCAUGGCAAAGGGUGGUCGUUUUUCCAUGGACAGCUGGGGCAAUAAAAAGCUUCAUAUACCGCGCAGAAUUGGCAGCUUCCUUGGCUGUCUCACCCUCAAAGUCCUUCACUACAAGAAGAUCUCUGAGCUUGAUGACUCCUUGCAAUCUGAACUUGUCAAGAUGGCUGAGCAUAGAAACAAAGGCUACAUCUCGUCAAGAGGACAGUUCUGCAAUGACAUCAUUGCACACAGGAACACGUUGGAUCUGCUUAUUAGCAAUGGGCUCUACUCAAACUGCCAAGCACUUCUUAACAACAUCUUUGCAGCUCUUGUAACCCCAGCAGGGCCGCCAGAGCUUGUCUGUGAAAUCUGCAACGUCAUGAAAUUAGUCAAAACUAAUUCUCCCUAA